CACAGCGCAGCGCGACUGAGAUGUACACGCAAGCAACGGCACGAAGCGUGCGCGGCGCAUUGCAGUAUUCACAGUCCAGCUUUCUGACGACUACACACUCUGAUCUACCCUACUUCUACUGUCAGUCACGACCCGCAGCGGCAGCACCAGCUUGCACUUUUUCCCGGUGCCCGGCAUCCGCGUAUGCGGCCAUGUGAUGGAUGUGAC